CGGGACGGGUUACGGACCAUAUAUAGAAAUAAAAAUUAAAAUUUUUGAAAGAAAGAAAAACCUCAAGUCUUCCUUAAACCCUACAAACCUCAACAAGAACACUGUCAUUCUCCGCCAUGGCAACCACGGCGGACGACAGCCAAAAUGCUGGCGGCGUUAAGGCUCUCCGGCGGCUCAAAUCCACUGACGCACCUUUCUACCUCUCAGCAUCACCGGACCUUUCCGAAGCAGCUCGAUUAGCCUCCAAGUAUCUAUACUCUUCUCUCAAACCCUACACCCCGAAGUCACCUUUCGCUCAACUCUUGACGGAUGGUUUUGAUGCUGAGCAAAUAUGGCAGCAAAUUGACCUCCAAUCCGAGCCCUUAAUUUCCUCUCUCCGUCGCCAAAUCAGACAAUUUGAGAAGAAACCUGAAGAAAUUUCAAAGCUUUUCAAUUUAGUUGAAGAAAAGAAGAGGGAAAAAGAGGAAUUGGCAGUAGAAGAAGGAGAAAGUGAGGACUUUAAGGAUGUAGCUAUGGAAGAUUUUGGUGACGAGGAUGAUGUUGUUGAUGAUGAUGAUGAUGAAGAAGAAGAGGAUGAUGAUGAUGAGGAGGGUGAUGAUGGUGAGAAGAGCGAAGAUGGGGAGGAGAAGAAUGGAGGGGUAAAAGGGGGACUGGAAGAUAAGUUUUUCAAGGUAAACCAGUUGGAAGAGUAUAUGGAGGCUGAUGAGGCAAGGGAGUAUGGCUUGAAGAAGAAGACUAAGAGGACAAGGAGCAAGGACGAAGAGGAGGAUGAUGAAGAAGGCGAAGAGGACGAGGAUGAGCUUGGAUUUAUGGGCCUCGACGAUGAUGAAGAUGAUGAAAAUGGAGGAACCGAGAGUGCUAGAUAUGAAGACUUCUUUGGUUCAAAAAAGGGUACUGGACGGAAGAAAAAUGUCAAAUCAUCUGAUCUAUCAGAUCGCCUGGGAAUGGAUGAUGACAUGAGUGAUGAUAAUGAUGACAAUCAGAAGCAAAGCCUUUCUACCCAUGAGAAGGAGCUUGUAAAACUUCGAUCUACAAUUGAGGAAAUGGAGAAAGCAAACUUGGAAGAGAAGGCCUGGACUAUGCAAGGAGAAGUAACUGCUGCAAGAAGGCCAAAGAAUAGUGCAUUGGAAGUUGAUCUGGAUUUCGAGCACAAUGUGAGACCUGCCCCUGUAAUUACUGAAGAGGUUACUGCAUCACUUGAAGAACUAAUUCAGAAACGUAUUGUAGAGGGCCGGUUUGAUGACGUUCAGAAGCCUCCUAGCUUGCCAUCCAGAGCACCGAGAGAAACAAAAGAAUUGGAUGACAAUAAAAGCAAAAAGGGCCUUGCCGAAAUUUAUGAGGAGGAAUAUGUCCAGAAAACUGGCCUUGUAUCAACAGCUUUAUCCUUCUCAGAUGAGCAGAAGAAAGAGGUGUGUUUGAUCGUUCACCUAUAAUCCAGCUCUCUUCUU